AUGCCUAGCGAGAUUCGCGACAACAGCUUAUGGUGGAAAGGUCCAAGCUGGUUGGCUAUGGACCAAGAAAAUUGGCCAUCCCUACCGAAUCAUAUGCCAGACGAUGAAGGGAGAGAGGAAAUGCGUCGCUGUGUAGCAACAGCGAUAGCUUGUCCGUAUGCAGAUUUCAACGAAACGUUUUUUGCAAGAUUCAACUAUUACACGCAGUUGAUACGGAGCACUGCGAUAUACCGAAGGUUCAUAAGGCUACUCCAGAAAAAGGGGUCAAAGGGCGCUGGUUUUCUAACUACAUCUGAACUGCGAGAAGCAGAAUCAACGCUUGUGCGGUGCGUUCAGCGAGAGACGUUCGCACAGGAGCUCAAGGCGCUCAGAAAUGGAAAGUUAGUCCACGGAAAAUCCCCUCUACGUUGGUUUAAUCCGUUUAUUGAUAAGGAUCAAGUUCUACGAGUCGGCGGAAGGCUCAAACACUCUGCGGAGUCAGAGCAAACGAAGCACCCAAUGGUUCUUCCAGCUAAACAUAGGUUUACACGGCUACUGCUUCGUCAUUACCACGAGAAAUUACUGCAUGCGGGUCCUCAGUUGUUACUAGGAACCUGUCGUCUUCGUUUUUGGCCAUUAGGUGGCAGAAGUGUUGUGAGACACAUAAUACACCAAUGCCGAACGUGCUUCCGGGUUAAACCACGAGCCACUCAACAACUGAUGGGUGAACUACCCUCGCCACGCGUUACAGCAGCGCGGCCUUUCCAAAAAUCGGGCGUCGAUUACUUCGGACCCGUUUAUAUUCGACCAGGGCCACGACGAACAGCGGUCAAGGCAUACGUAGCCUUGCGUUACGAAGGUUCAUUGGUCGCAGAGGUCGGUGCACUGAUAUCUACUCCGACAACGGCACCAAUUCAGCUGAAAGAGCUUUUAGUCAAGCUGAAAGACCGUAAUCACCAUGAAAUUAUACAAAAGGAGUGCUCUGCUGAGGGCAUCAAUUGGCACUUCAACCCCCCUAGUGCGCCCCACUUUGGCGGACUGUGGGAAGCAGCCGUUCGCAGUGCAAAAUUUCAUCUCCUGCGGGUGAUUGGAAAUCAUCCUGUGUCCAUCGAAGACAUGCAGACACUAUUAGUGCAAGCAGAAGCAUGCCUCAACUCACGGCCGAUGACAGUUUUAUCGGACAAUCCCAACGAUCUGGAGCCAUUGACUCCAGCACAUUUUCUGAUUGGAGCCUCCAUACAGCAGCUUCCAGAUCAGGACUUCCAAACGAUUCGAGUGAAUAGGCUCAAGCACUGGCAACUAGUUCAACGUCGUCUGCAAGAUUUCUGGCGCAGAUGGCAUCGGGAAUACCUCAGCCAACUUCAAGGGCGAUCGAAACGGUGGCGUGCCUCCGUAAACAUCGAGAUCGGAAAACUUGUAGUCCUUUGUGACGAGAAUCAACCUCCAACCCGUUGGAAGAUGGCCCGAAUCCAGGAGCUACAUCCAGGCACCGACGGGGUGGUCCGGGUGGUCACCGUUAAGACGGCAACAGGGUUGCUGAAGCGUCCAGUGGAGAAGAUCUGUAUCCUGCCAGAUCCAGAUAACGAGAAGGGAGUCAUAAUCAAAUAA